AUGACAGAUGGGCUAAUAAAUCCAGGCAGAUCUACAUACAUUUUGGACCUUCCGACGUCGAGAAGGCUGGACGCAAUGAGAUUCAAAACUGAAUCAUGUCGCCAUGUAUAUCUCCCGGUUACGUGCAAAAGCGAUUCAGGGCAGAAGCAGAACGAACAGUUAGCAGAUGAUCGUUUAGAUAUGUCUUACAUCCAGAGAUUACGUGCAAAAGCGAUUCAGGGCAGAAGCAGAACGAACAGUCAGCAGAUGAUGACAGACCCCAUUUAA